UAACAGUUUGACAUUUGGACUACAGGUGGCGCAUUGUUAAUAUUCAAUUUAACCUAAAGAUCAAUUUUAUAUCACAUGCAUUGACUGAUCAAAACAUACGAACUUUGAUUACGGUUCCAAAGUGGUAAUCAUUAUCUGUUGAUUUUACAAACACCCCCGGAAAAAUCCCAAUAGUCAUAAUCACAAUAACAGAUCGUUUUACCCUACACGCCAUUAUCCAGAAAAACCAAAAAUGAGUGUUGAACUGGCUGAAAGGUGCGCUGUACCUAACUGUGACAAUACCGCAUCUACUGGCAUUCCAUUUCCAAAACAAACAGAAACUUUGGAAAAAUGGUUACAAUCUUUGAAAAUACCAGAUUUUACACCAACUCCGAGAAGUUUCGUGUGUUUGAAUCAUUUCGGCAGCGACGAUAUUUUGGAACGCAUUGCAGGUAAAAAUGCAGACAUUGAACAUGUACUGGAACAUAUACCUAUUCCAACAUUACCAGAGUCAAAAAUUGAUCUAACGAAGAACACCAUUACUUCAACAAAAAGCUAUGACACACCAGAAGCGGUUUUUGUAGAAGCCUCAGUUUGUAGGUUAUGUAUGAAUGAAGGAGCUGAAGAACAUGUUUUUGGGAUAUAUGAAGAUGUAGUCAUUUCAAAUUUAAUUAACAUCUGCAUUCCUCCAAUUAAGAUUUUAAAAAGAGAUGGUUUAUCUAAAUGGAUUUGUAAAAAUUGUGCUGAGACUUUAUAUAAGUUCUACCAGUUUCGAAAUACCUGCAUUGAAAUAGAUAAAAGACAAAAAAACAUGUUAAAGAUUAGUUUGAAACGUAAACAUGAAGAUGAACUUGCUGCAAAUGAUUUAAAGAAAAAUUGUGUAGAGCUUCAGGAAGACAUUGUUAACUUACAAUCAUUAACCACCCAACCAAGCAUCAAAGUUGUGGAUGCUGAAUUAAUGAAAGCUUUAGAAGAAAAAAUUCCUGAGGAAAUGAGAUGUGCUGAGAAUAUUAUAAUUGAAGUACAAAGUGAUGAUGAAAGUGAUCAAAGUCAAGAAAUAUUAAAUGUAUUGAGUGAUGAUAACGUGGUUAUGGUUGGUGAGAAAGAAGUCAGGUUACCAAGGGGUAUUAAAGUUAAAUCGAGUCAAACUCAAUUGAGGAGCGAACUAAGAUAUGUACAAUUAGUCCAGGAAGUGGAGAACACUGAGUUUUGUUUAAUUGAUAAUUAUUUAUUUGAAUACCGACUAUGUAAAGGAGAUAUCAGGCACCUGAAAUGUAUAGUUACAAAAUGUAAAGCUACUGCGCAGCAAACCAUGACGAAAACUGGUGUUUAUGACAGUAACGUCUGGUUAAAAGAUGAUCAUAACCAUCCAGCACCUUCUGUAGAUGAUCGGAAGAAGCAAAUGUUUCUACAUAUGAUGCGAAGAAAAAUGCAGUAUGAUAAAAGCCUCAACUUCAGGAACGUUUACGAAGAGUUCUGUGAAAAGGAUCCAGAAAUUAAAAAAUUGGUCCCUUUAAAAACAGUCAUCAACCAGAUUUGUUCCCAACAAAUGAAUUUAAAACUGCCGCCGAUUGAAUCAUUCCAGCACUUUUUUGAUAUAAUUGAAAAUGAUGAACUACAAAAGCUACAUUUUACCCACACGAAUGCACAAUUCUACCAAGAAAAAUUCGCCUCAAGUGAUGGUUCUCAAGCUGUCGUUUUUGCCAAUUGUGAGACCAUCGAAAAGAUAUCGGACAGUAGGAUAAUGUAUGUGGAUGCUUCUUUUAAAAUCGACACUCCUGAAGCUUUCAAGUAUCACCUCGUUUCAGUUCUCGUAUGGUUAACGGAUAGUUAUUACCCUAUAAUGUUUGCUCUCAUUAAUGAAAAAUCUCAAGAAAUCUACAAGAUGAUUUUUUCUUAUCUCCAUGAUACUUUGGCGCCAAACCUGCGACCUGUCGAAAUUGUAACAGAUUAUGAAGCUUCUUUGUAUUACUCCCUGGGUGAAGUAUAUCUAGAUUCGCAUAUAGGAGGAUCCGUUUUCUACUACACCCAAAACUUGUACAAAAAGAUUUGUUCCCUAAAUCUAUCGCGGGAAUUGGAAACCAAUUCGUGCUUCCGAAAUAUCUAUCACAUGAUUUUAAUGUUACCAUUGUUACCAGUCAAUACAAUCGUUGACGGCUUUAACAACAUCCAACAACAAGCCGUUGAAAUGGGACUUGGCGAAUUAACAAAACCAAUUUUCGAUCAUGUAAAAUCUCAGUGGAUUGACAGGGUAACUCCUGACUUGUUUUGUGUUCACAGACUGGAAAACCGAAUCAACGAAAAUGUUAUAGCACCCUUCAAAAAAUUACGUGAUUUCAUCAUGUUAUCAAAGGGCAAAAUGCUGAAACAAUAUAUCAACAUUAUAUCUAUAGUCGAGAAAUUAAUCGAAUUGGAAAGCUUCUUGUCAGUGGUUUAUUCAGCUCCGUCUAAAAAAUCAUUCGCUAGAGAUUUAAGCAGUUCACAAAAGAAAAACGUUAUCAGGGCAUGGCAAUUUAUAGAAAGUCAUCCUAAAAUUAACAUUAAUAAUUUCUUUACGAAAGUGCUGGGUUAUAUUAAAUGUAUGGAAAAUCAGUUGUGGAUUUGGGGUUUCUAUCGGUAUUCAGGAGAGGCCAAUGAUGAACUCAUAAACGCGGCGAACUUUUCCAUAGUGAACACUACAAGUGAUGAUAAUGACGACCAUAAUUAUGACCAGCACCAUCAGUACGUAAAUUACGCGUACCCAGAGGAUGAAGUUGUUGUGGACGUAGUUAUUGACCAAAAAAAUGGAUUUUUGAUUAAAGACACUGAAAUGCGAGAGCAGAUGCAGUUGCAGACGCAGAAUAGUUAUAUGGAAUAGUACGUUACAAAAAUAAAUCUUCAUAUAAUGAAAUUUUUUAAAUGUGCCGUGUUUCAUUUGUUAUACACGUUGCUAGCUUUAUAAACAUUAGGAAAAAUAUUUUUUAAUUUUCUUGUAAAUAAAGUGUACAACAGUAUUAUUA